ACGCAUAAAUCACUUUCAUCUCCGCCACCCAAGACCGGCCCUGUCUUGCCAACUUCCGUCCUUCAUAUAAUACACCUCCUCUCCACCUUGCACCACACACUGAGGCUGGUUUGCACUUUGUAACCUUUCCAUCAUCUGGAGCCUCCGCGGUGCCUAACCGAGGCAAUCCAAGAUGAGGGAAGUCAACUUUAGCAUCCCAAACGUCAACAAGGCGUCGGUGGGCAUCACCACUGCCUUGUAUGACCGCCGGGCACUCGACUGUACCUCGACCCUACCACUUAUCAACUCGCUGAACCAUCUCGCCUACCUCACCACGUCAUCAGCACGCAUCCGAGACAUCCUCACAGUCGAUGGCGGCAUCGAGAGAUUGGUCUGCAUCCUGAAGCAGGGUCGCAGCAAGGACAUGAUGGAUAUGUGGAAGUGGAAUUUGGCCUUCCAAUGUGUUGUCAACAUCGGGGUGCGAGGCACAGAAACUGUCAGGACAAGAGUGGUCGAGGCUGACAUGGUCCCUGUCAUCGCCACCAUCCUGGACAAUUACAUCAAAGUCAUCGAAAAAUGCCGCGAGAAGGCCGAGGAAGCCAAGCAGAAGCAGAUACAGGACCAUCAGCAUCGUAACCGGGGCGAGCAAAGUCGUGGGUCUCGAUCCUCCGGUUUCGCCAACAGGCCUAGCCGGCUAGAUGUUGAUCAACGCACUUUCCGCCGUCACGCUCCUCCUCCUUCAAUCGACGUAUCGGCCAGCCUUCCCGGUUUAGCUACCACUGUGGUGCAGUCUAACGUCAAUGCCACCCCGACGGCCCCCCAGUUUCCUCUUACCUCUCCUGGCGAUCCAGUUCCUUUCCCCGUCUAUCGGCAUCAUCAUCACCACCACCACCACCACCAUGGCCAUAGAUCUCAGGAAGCACGUCUCGCAAUCUCGUCUUCCCCUCGACAGCUAAUACAACCUCUGUCAACCGCCGUUCCGCCAAUGGAGAAUCCAGAGGGUUUCAUUCGUCCCGUCCGUGAUAUUGAUCGGCUGGCAUCCAUGAUGCCCUUUGGCCAUCCCGCUGUGACUUCGCAGCCAGCUUCACCAACGACGCCCCUGCCGCCUCCCCAGCUCCGGUCUCCAUCUGUCCGCCCAUCCUCGAUGCUUGCCCCAACGUCACACUCCCGCCGUCGCCCCUCAAUCCGUCACCAAAACUCUACCACUGCCGAUUCCGACGAUCUCAACGCGGAUAGCACACAGUCCGACGAGUCCCCCGACACCGAGAUGUCUGGCACCACGGAUAUACAGGCCGGCGUUGGGAUUCAGGAUAUUGCCAUGGAUGACGGAGAUGGCAUCAUCACCGACGCGGCGAUGGACCUUGCUACGCCUACCGUUUCGGAAGCACAGGACACGGGCACUUUCAACAUCACCCACCGCGGCCCAGUCGACGGCAGUAUCGUCAACACAGCUGCUCCUACUCCCGUGCCAGCUCUCGGACUCUCACCCAACCGGCCGGCCAUGGUCCCUCCCCCCCAGCCGACAUUACCCACCUCGAGCGUUCCACGGUACCUCCUAGACCGCCAGGUCACUCCCAAUCCGCAAAUACUUGCGGCCAUGCCGAGAGAGGAAGACGUACUGAUGUCUCUUCAACUGCUUGCAUACGUUUCCAAGUACUGCAACCUCCGAAAAUACUUCCAGAGCAGCCACGUGGUUCCACGCCUCAAGAUCGGCAAGGAACUUCAGCUCUUGGACGGCGUCGAUCCCGCCGUGCUCGAGGCCGAGAUGGAGCAAGAGGACGAAGAAUACGAGGAGGAAUACCUGUUGCCCAACGACCUCAACAUCUUCCCGCUUGUCGAGAAGUUCACGGUCCGGUAUCAUAGCACCGACAUGCAAUACUGGGCCGGGGUCGUUAUGAGGAACCUGUGCCGGAAGGAUGACGCCCGAGGGGGCAUCAGGCAGUGCGCCUACUACAAGUGCGGGAAGUGGGAGGAGUUCACGCGGCAAUUUGCCAAGUGUCGUCGCUGCCGACGGACCAAGUAUUGCAGCAAGGAGUGCCAAAAGAGCGCCUGGGCCUUCCAUCGCCAUUGGUGCAUUGCUGCCUCGCAAUGAGGACCCCCCGGCGGACCUCGUUUUAAUGACACGCCUAUGGCCCCCCACCUCCCCCUCCCAGAUCGUCCCAGGGUCUGGGUCACUUGCAUGGCGUCUGGCAUAAUGUCUACUUUGCAGAUUCUGUUUCCCCAUCUGAUUGAGCGACAUUGCGAUGCAAAGCAUAUACACAAGCAUGGCGUUGCGUGAUACCACAUGGUUGUUCCAGCCAUCACCCUCUCUUUUGACUGUCUUACCCGGCAACUGAGGUUCGAUAUUUCAGCAACGGUCCCUUCAGUCGACGAUUUUUCACUUUGCGGAGCACCCUUUCCGCCUGCUCCUUCACGGAGCACAUAUAUUUCUAUAUACCUCGGACAAUGGCAAACGGCCAAGCCAUCAGACGCUACAGAGCGACUUUCCUGCCCAGAGUCGG